AUGAAAUUACCACGACAUAGCAAGAUCAAAUUAGAAAAGGAAAAGACAGAUCAAGCUACUAAUGAUGGUAACGAUGAUAAAUAUAAUCAACCUGACAUUUUAAAUACCACUUUAUCAGGAAGUUAUGCUGAAAUUGAAAAUAAUGAUUGGAAUAAAACUGAGUCCACGAAUUCAAAACCACUAUCUUCAUGGGAUAGAAUUCAUGAUAAUAACAAUAACAAUUAUGAUUAUGAUAGUAAUGAUAAUGUGAAAAAAAAUCAACAUUAUUUUCCAAGAACAACUGAAGAAUUUAAUAAAACCAGAAAUAAAAAUAUCAAAAGGAAUGAAUAUGGCGACAUUAUAUAA